CCAACUGUCUAGUGCGCACGCAGCUAAUUAACUGACCGGCCUGCAAAUAAUUCGUGCCGGCCAGACCUGCACGAAUGGAACGGUGCAUAUUCUAAUCUAGGCUAGAUCAUAUCAAAAAGAAACUAGCAGCAUUUGGGUGGGCCGUGGAUGCCUAAGGAGCAAGUUUAGGGCUAAGUGCGCCAGCAAGCGGCGCAAAAUGCUGCUUUCCGGCGUCCCCAGCGGCCUGGCGCGACCAAAUCGUGAAUGGCGUAUGCGUACAGGCCGCCCCAACCGGGCGGCAGGGGUCGUCUGUAUGGCGCGCGGCAAGGACACGAACCAUCGCCGGCGCGGCGGACGCAGCCCCAAUCAGAGUCGCGACCCGGGCACGGUCGAUGACGACUCGGACGAUGACGGCGACGGUCUGGCAGACGACCCCGCUGCCGCCGCCGGCCCUUACGCAGCCUACAUGGGCGGCGGCGGCGCCGCCGCAGCCGCCGCUGCCGCCGGCUAUGUGCCGUACGGCGACGUCGAUGCCGCCGCCAACCCAGACGCGGCGGCGCUGGCGGACACGUACCGCGCCCGCCAGCUGGCGGCGACGCGGCGUGCCCGGGCGGCGGCGGCUGCGGACGCGGCGGCGGCGGCGGCGUCGCGGUCUGCGGGCGUGGAGGCGUAUCUGGCCAGUCGGGGUCUGGGCUCCAUUGCGCAGUUUCGGCAGAUGGCAGACCUGGAGCUGGAGCAGACCCUGGCGGAGCUGGAGGAGGCGGAUCUGGCGGCUGUGGAGGCCCAGGUGGCGGCGGCGGGCGGGGAUCUGGAGGCGGACUGGGCGGCGCUGGAGCGCGGCCGCUCCACCACCGGCAUGGCUAAGCAGGCGGGCGGCGGCACGGCGGGCGGCAGCGGCCGCGCGGCGACGGCGCUGCCGGAUGACACAUUGCUGGCGCCGCCGUCCAACCCUAGGGUGGAGCGCAUGCGCGCCGGCGGCGGUGCCGCAGCCACCCCGCGGCGCAAGCGGCGGCUGUUUGACACCGGUGACGACGCAGGCGCCGUGGACUCGUCCUUCUUCGACGGCGCCGGCGGCAGCUACAGCAGCGGCAGUGACGAUGAGUACGACGGCAGCAGCUACAGCCGCACCAGCGGCAACAGCUACAGCUACAGCCGGCCGCCGGCGGCGGCGCCGCGCCCCAACCCGUUCCUCAUCCUGCCCAAGCGGCCGGAGGACGCGCCCCGCGGGCGGUACACUGACAUGGACGAGCUGUUGGAUAACCUGUACGAGGAAAGCACGGCAGGCAGUAGCAGCAGUGCCAGCGGCGGCGGCGCCGCCGGCAGUAGCCGGCCGGAGCUGUCGGGCCGGCCGGCCCGCCCGGCUGGCGCGGACGCGGCUCCUUCGGCGGCGCCGUACUACGGACACAUCGACGACGAGGAGGAGUACGACGGCGUGUACGACGAGUACGGCAACCGCAUCCCGGACAAGGAGGAGGUCAACAGCGCGUACGGCGACCGCAUGCUGCGCGCGCUGCGCAGCGCCCUUGUGUCUGACACCGACAAGCCAGCCCUAGCGCGGCCGCAGGCGCCGCCGGGCCGGGGCAAGCGCAAGCCGGCGCCGCCGCCGCAGGCGGCGGCUGCGCCUGCGGCGCCUGCCGCGGACGGCGAUUAUGAUGCGCUCAUGGAGCUUUUGGAGUCCGUGGGCGACGAGCUGGGGGUUGAGGAGGACGAUGACGCCGAGGCGGAGGCGGAGGCCGAGGCGCUGCGGGCGCAGCAGCAGCAGCAACAGGCGGCGGGCAGUAGCAAGCGGCCGCUCACGACCACCUCCCUGCUGAGGGCGCAGCAGCAGCAGCAGCAGCAGCAGCAGCAGCAGCAGGGCAAGCCGCAGCUGGUGGGGCGCCCGGAUGCGGCGAAGCCGCCGUCGGGCUCGGCGACCCAGGCCCGCGGGGGCCGGGCCUCGGCGCUGCCGGGCGCAGCGUCGCCGGCGCCGCCACGUGUGGGCAGCGGCUUUGCGGACGAUGACGCACGCUUCCUGGAGGACCUGCUAGACGAUGUGGACUUCGCAAGCGACCUGGGCACCGGCGCGGGCGCCAGCACCUCCUACGGCGGCGGCCGCGGCACCGCCAGCAGCACCAGCAGCGCCAGCAGCACCAGCAGCAUCCUCGGCAGCAGCCGCGGCAGCAGCGGCGGCAUGCUGGGGGCGCCCGCGCGGGCCGUGCGCCGACCCGCCCCUGGCGACCCCGACUAUGACCCCCUGCUGGACGACGACGACGACAGCCUCCUCGACUUUGAUGACGACCUGGAGCGGCAGGCCACAGGGCUGCUGGGCAAGCCCGCACUGGCAGCCAAGCCCGCACCGCGCAAUGCCGCGGCAGCGCCGCCGCCGGCGAGCAAGGGCGCCGCCAAGCGUCCGUCGCUGUCCCUGUCCGCCGCUGCCAAGGCCCGCUCCGACCUGGCCGAGCUGCUGGGCGACGACUGGGGCGCGGAAAACGAGAAUGACGACGGCGACUUUGACUUCAACGACCUGGACGAUGACCUGGACCUGAGGCCCAGCGGCAGCGGCAGGGCCAAGCCGGCACCACUGGCCAAGCCGCAGCUGGCCUCGCGGCCGGUCAAGGGCGGCGCGGAGGCGCCGCGCGGCGCCGGCAAGGGCGCCGCCGCGGCGGCUGCACGCAAGGCGGCGGUGCAGCUGGGCUCCCGCGACCUGGACUCCAUGCUGCGGGGCCUUAGCCAGCAGGACAGCGGGGGCGAGGACAGCGAUGGGGAGCAGCAGGGCCCGAGGCCGCAGGCGGGGUCGGCGGCAGCCGCCGCAGGCAAGAAGCCGCAGCUCGAUGGGUUUGAUCUGGAUUUGGAUUUGGAGCUUGACUUGGCGCUGGCGCGAGGCUCCAGUCCUGGAUCCCAGCAGCCGGUGACGGCGAUGGCCAAGCCGGCGUGGGCCAGCAGCGCUGGCAGCAGCGGAGGCAGCAAGCAGGCGGCUCCAGCCGCUGCAGCGACUCAGCCGAAGCCCAAGGCGGCAGCGGCGGAGGCGGCGGUUGCGGCUGCGCCGGCGCCCGUGACCGCGAGCACUGCGCCCUCGUUGGCGGCGGCGACUGUGGCGACGGUAAAGGCGGCAGCUGCCUCGCCUUCAUCCGCAGCCUCCACGGUGACUGCAGGGGCAAAGCGGCAGAAGCAGGAAGUGGAGGUGGCGGCAGCUGCAUCCGCCGCGGCGGCUGCGGCGGUGUCGCUGUCUGGCGCGGCGGCGGCCGCAGUGUUGACGGACCGGUCCAAGGCAGCGGUGCUCGAGCGGCUGGAGGGCAAGUCCAAACUGUCGGGCCCGCCGCCCCGCAAGCAGCAGCAACCGGCGGCACCGCAGCCCCAGCCGGCCGCAGCUGAACAGUCGCUGCUGCAGAAGCAGCCCCAGAAGCAAGAGCAGAAGCAGCCGCCGGCGCAGGCACAGGCGCAGGCGCAGGCUCAGGCGCAGAAGCAGCCCAAGCAGCCGCGCCCGGCGGCGGCGGAGCCCGCAGCGCAGAAGCUUUCGACCUCGGCAGGAGCGCAGGCGGGCCCGGAGUUGCCAUCUGCACCACCGGCACCUGCAGCAGCUGCUCCCGACCCUCGCGAAGUCGCGCUUGCAGCCGCAGCCGCUGCCGCGAAGCUGCGUGAGCUCGACGUCAGCCGUGCCGCCGGUGCCGCCCCAAAGGCCGCGGCAUCCAGCCCGGCGUUACCCGCGGCCUCGACCGAGCGCCCGGCCAGAGCUGUGGGCCAAGCGGUGGGCAUCGACAAGCCGCAGCCGCAGCACAAGCGCAGCUCAUUCGCGCGAACUCCUAGGCGCGAGACGCAGACGGUGCCGUUGACGCAACCUCAGGAAUCAACACAGGCGCAGUCCAGCCCUGCCGGCCCUGGCCCGGCAUCCGCCCCUGGCGCCGCCGCAGGGCCCAAGUCGCGCACCGGCCCCAGGCCAGCGCCUGCGGUGCGACCCUGGCGCGCUGGCCGCGCCGCGCCGCCGUCGCAGCCAGCAGCCGGCGCGCCUCCGGCGGCGGCAGUGGCCGCGGCGGCCGCCGGAGCUGAUGAGCAGCGGGGCUGGUGGACCUCGCUGGAGGCCGCGGUGGACGAACAGGUGGAGCUGCUGGUGGCGGAGGUGGAGGCGGCGGCAGCAGCAGGCGGCGGCGGCAGCGGCGGCGGCGCGGAGGCGGCGAGCGUUAGCGCCGCGCCGCAGCGGCCGGUGGUGAUGAUGGCGCUGGCGGGGCUGCGUGGCCGCAGGGCGGCGGUGGCGGCGGCGGUGGGAGAGGCGCGGGAGACAGCGCCGCGCACCCCGCCACGCUCCCGACCCGCGCCGGCGCGCCACUCAGAGACGCCGCCGACAGCGCCGCCAGCGGCUGAUGCUCCAGGCGCGCAGGUGUCGCAGGCGGUGCCGGCCGCAGCCCGCUCCGAGUCGCCACGUAUGGCACGCAGCUCACCCAGUCGCGGCCCCGCUGCAACCACAGAUGAAGCCUGGGGGCCCUCGGGCUCCAUCUUUGGCAACUCGGAUGAGCGGCCCAACUCGCCCUCUCGUUCGCCCUCUGGCUGGCCCUCUCGAUCGUCCUCCCCCUCUUCCUCUCGGCCUACCUCUUCCGAGCGCGCCAGGUCCCCACGUGGCAGCAGCUCCACGCGCCACUUCGGCGCACCCGCACACCCUCGCUCCUACCCCUCCCGGCCCUUCCGCACUUCCUCCUCAAGCAGCAGCGCGCGGCGCAGCGACCGGCCCUUCAACGCGCGCUCGGCGCCGCCGGCGCCCCGCGUCGACUUCUCAAUAGACGUGUUCGCCUCUGCCUUCCCCUCCUCCUCCUCCUCCUCCCCCUCCUCCUCCCCCUCCUCCUUCCCCUCCGCCUCCGCCACCGCCCCCUCCUCCGCCCCCUCCUCCUCCUCCGCCUCCCCCUCCUCCUUCCCCUCCUCCUCCUCCGCCUCCGCCCACUCCGCCCCCUCCUCCGCCUCCACCGCCUCCGCCUCCUCCUCCGCCUCCGCCCCCUCAGCCCCCUCCUCCUCCUCCUCCUCCCCCUCCUCCUCCGCCUCCGCCUCCUUCUCCUCCCCCUCCUCCUCCGCCUCCGCCUCCGCCUCCUCCUGGGAGCCGAGCAGCUACAGCGGGGCGCUCUCUCGGCUACAGCAGAUGGUGCGUCGCGGCGAGCUACUGAGAGGCGACAUCGAGGGCGUGGAGGUGAGGGGGCCAUCCCAGGCAAACGUGGCGCCGGGCGCAGCGCCGGCCGGAGCGCAGGAUGGUGAUGGGGAUGGGGCGGGCGAGGAAGGGGGCGAGGGCACAGGCAGCGUGGUGGUGGCGGCGCUGGUGCGUUUCCCGGUGCUUGAGCAGCUGGGCGUUCAGCAGCCGAUGCGCGUGCCGGCAAAGCGCCUGCACGGCUGGCGGGACUGGCACACGACCGCGAAGUUGUUUGCGGAGGGCGGUCUGGCGUCGACUGGCGAGGAUAAGAAGGAGCAGCAGCAGCAGCAGCAGCAGCAGCAGCAGCAGCAGCAGCAGCAGCAGCAGCAGCAGCAGCAGCAGCGGCCAGAGAGGGAGACGGCUGCUUUGGUAGCCGGGGCUGUCGUUGGCGGUGGCAGUGAUGCUCCAGGUGGCGGCGGCGCCGCUGGGGUCUGGCCCAGCCGCAAGAUGUGGGGCGUGGUCACCAACAUCAAGUGCCUGGUGGAAGAGGAGGCAGCGAUGGCGGCGGCGGGUGCCUCGGCGCAAGCCUCCGGGGCCAACUGGUUCGAGGUGUGUGUGACCGAGCCGCUGCCGCCCAGGGUGCACUACCAGUCCGACGAGGCGGGCCUCCACGAGCGGCAGCAGAUUCUCCGCAGCAACAUGGGUACCAAGGUGUUGGCCCGGGUGGUGGGCAUCACCCACUGGGGCGCCUUCUGCGAGCUGCAGCUGCAGACCGAGCCGCGCUCGGAGGCGCAGGCGCAGGCGCAGGCGCAGGCGCAGGCGCAGGCGCAGGCGCAGGCGCAGGCGCAGGCGCAGGCGCAGGCGCAGGCGCAGGCGCAGGUGCAGGCACAGGCACAGGCACAAGCGCAGGCGCAGGCGCAGGCGCAGGUGCAGGCACAGGCACAGGCACAAGCGCAGGCGCAGGUGCAGGCGCAGGCACAAGCGCAGGCGCAGGUGCAGGCGCAGGCACAAGCGCAGGCGCAGGUGCAGGCGCAGCUGCCGCCGCAUCAGGAGCGCGCGCUGCAGGUGUUUCUGGAACGGAACACGGUCACGGCUUCCGACGCGGCGCCGGCCCCGCCGCAGGUGCAGGCCAGCGCCGGCAGCACCACUGGCAACGUCGAAAGCGAUGGCAUCAGCACCAGCCGUAGCAGUGGCAACAGUGGCAUCAGCGGCGGCGCUAGCAGCAGCGCCGGCUGCCUGCGGCCGCAGCUGUGCUUCCUGCCGGCUGCGUCCAUGGCCGGCCGGCUGGCGGAGCUGUGGCAGCGGUGCGUUGCGUUGGACUCCAACACCCGCCGGCGCGUGGUCAUUGCCCGCUCGGAGCCGCCGGCCCUGGCCUCCAGUCCGAUAGAGCCGGGCCAGCUGCUGCUGCCGCCGCCGCCGCCACAGUGGCCGCCGCAGCCGUCUGGGCUGCUGCAGGUGGGGCACCUGGUGGAGGCCACCGUGUGCGGCUGCUACACCUGCCCGCCCAUGCAUGGCCGCACGCCGCACCUGCUGCUGGCGCAGCUGCAGCAGCGGCCGUACGUGCGCGCGGCGGGCAUGAGUACGGCGCUGGGGUACAACUUUGAGCCCAAGCAGUCGCGCAGGCAGCAGCAGGGCGGCGGCAGCGCCGGAGGCCGCGGUGGUGGCAGGGCGGCGGGGCGCAGCGCUGGGCGCGGGAGGUAGACGGCGCAGGGCGCAGGUCUGGGUGGCGAGCACGGGCGGGCGACCGAGCGUUGUGCAAUGGCGGGCACUGCCGUACGGUUGCAGCGGCACUAGCAAGUUCUAUGGGAACAUGGCGCCACCAGUGCGCGAUGAUGCAGGAUGAGACAUUGAGUCAAUCCUGAGGCAACUAAGUGGGAUUCAGGCUUGACGGGCUGGCGGUAGGGCAGUGCCUGACUGCCUGACACUCGUGCGGCUGCUGUAAGUGAAGCUGUGA